AUGUAAUCUCAUGUUUUGUCCACAGAAACCAACAGGAGAGAUCAGAGUCAGAGAUUCUCAGUUGUCAGUCUUCCCAGAGUCAUCAAACAGACCUGGACUCCAUAUUCAGUAUGCUUGAAGAGAAAAUUAUGACAUUUGUGAAGAACGAGCUGAAGAUAUUCAAGAGGAUUCUUAGUCCAGAACUCCCAGAAGGCUUUGAGAGUCAGAAGCAGGAUAAGGAAGUGGUGGACGCUGAAGAUGAGAAGCAGGAGAGCAGUGCCAGAGAGGGGGCUCUGAAGAUCACACUGCACAUCCUGAGGAAAAUGAACCAGAAGGAGCUUGCUGACACACUGGAGAAAUAUUCAGAUGAGCUUGCUGUGAUUUGCCAACGUGAACUCAAAUCUAAUCUAAAGAAGAAGUUUCAAUGUGUAUUUGAGGGGAUCGCUAAACAAGGAAACCCAACACUUCUCAAUAAGAUCUACACAGAGCUCUACAUCACAGAGGGUGGAACAGGAGAGGUCAAUAAUGAACAUGAGCUGAGACAGAUUGAGACAACAACCAGGAAACAAGCAAGACCAGAGACUGCAAUCAAAUGUAACGACAUCUUCAAACCCUUAACUGGACAAGACAAACCUAUCAGAACUGUGCUGACAAAGGGAGUCGCUGGCAUUGGAAAAACAGUCUCUGUGCAGAAGUUCAUUCUGGACUGGGCUGAAGGAAAAGCAAAUCAGGAUGUCCAAUUUGUAUUUUCAUUCCUUUUCGGGAGCUGAAUUUGAUGAAAGGGGACAAACACACUUUCAUUGAACUUCUUAAUCACUUCUCAAUGGAAACCAAACAAUCAAGAAUCUCCAACUACAACAAGUACAAAGUUCUGUUCAUCUUUGAUGGUCUGGAUGAGUGCCGACUGCCCCUAGACUUCCAGAAGAACAAGAUCUGUUGGGACGUCACAGAGUCAACCUCAGUGGAUGUUCUGCUGACAAAUCUCAUCAAGGGAAAUCUGCUUCCCUCUGCUCUCCUCUGGAUAACUACCCGACCUGCAGCAGCCAAUAAGAUCCCUUCAGGGUGUGUUGACCAGGUGACAGAGGUACGAGGGUUCAAUGACCCACAGAAGGAGGAGUACUUCAGGAAGAGAUUCAGUGAUGAGGACCUGGCCAGCAGAAUCAUCUCACACAUAAAGACAUCAAGGAGCCUCCACAUCAUGUGCCACAUUCCAGUCUUCUGUUGGAUUUCUGCAACAGUCCUUGAACACAUGCUGAAACAUAAGAGAGAAGAGAUGCCCAAGACUCUGACUGAGAUGUACACACACCUUGUGGUGUUUCAUACCAAACAGAAGAAUGAAAAGUAUCUUGGGAAAGAAGAGACAGGUCCACACUGGAAUAAAGAGCAUUCUGUCACUGGGAAAACUGGCUUUUCAACAGCUUGUGAAGGGCAAUCUGAU